AUGACCGCGCUAGGUGUUGUGAAAACAGUGCUGAAUCUUGUGGUGUUCCUUCUAGGUUGUUUAUCCAUCGUAACAUCUCAAACAGUUGGUAUCAUUCUAUCAUGUGGAAAUAGAGAGUUUCGUCAAGCUUGGUUGGCCCAGACAAAAGAACAUUUCAUUGUGUUGUUAACAUCAGUGGUGAAUUUUGCCUCCAAGAGCCCUAUAAAAGUUAGAAUUGUUACUGAUUCGAAAUCGAUCCCACCAUCACGUAUUAGAUUAGACUCAAAGGGAAGACUAGAAAGUUCAAUGCCAGGUGGGACUGUAUUCAUUGCAAAUCAUCAAAUAUAUACUGAUUGGGUGUUUUUAUGGUGGUUAACUUAUACUGCUAGAUUAGGCGGGUUUGUUUAUAUUGUUUUGAAAGCUUCAUUGAAAAAACUUCCAAUAUUGGGAUAUGGAAUGAAGAAUUAUGAUUUUAUUUUCCUUUCAAGAAAAUGGGAAACUGAUAAAGUUGUCAUGGGUAAUCAAUUAGCUUCAAUUGAUGCAAAUGCUAGAGGAAAAGGUACAGUUGCUGGUAAAGAACCAAUGAAGACAACAACUUCCAAAGAUGUUUGGCCAGCAGGUGAGGAUAAAUCAAGAACAUGGCCUUAUUCAUUACAUAUCUUUCCAGAAGGAACCAAUCUAAGUGCAAAUACUAGAAGAAAAACUUUGGCAUACGCUGGGAAAGUUGGUAGAGCCCCUUUCAAGCAUUUAUUAUUACCAAGAACUACAGGUUUAAGAUACUCUUUGUUGAAAUUAAGAGAUACAGUUGAUGAAGUUUAUGAUAUAACUUUGGCAUAUUCAGGAUUAAAAGCAUCUGAUUAUGGUCAAGACAUUUAUAAGAUCGAAAAGGUUUUUCUUCAAGGGAAAAAUCCAGAGAGAGUGGAUUUUUUUAUAAGGAGCUUUAAAAUUGAUGAGAUUCCAAUUGGUAAAGAAGAGGAAACAGAGGAUGAGUAUAAUAUAGCACAAAAGAAGUUUGAAGACUGGUUGUUUAAUGUUUGGUCUGAAAAGGAUGAAUUGAUGGAUAAUUAUUACAAAACAGGAUCUUUUAUCACAAAUGCAGAAGAGCCUGAUCGUUACAGUACGGUGGAUACCGUCUUGAGAGUAUCAAAACUUGAUUUUCUCAAAAUUUUCCUGGUCCCAAUGUGCUUGGUCUUACUGGGAAGAAUCAUUUAUCAACUCUAUUGUUUAUUUCAGUAA